CAUGAUCCAAAGUCUGGCUUCUUUCCUCGAUCCCGUCCGUCUAUUAAUUAGGUGCCGAAAUGCAAUUAGCAUAAAGGGGUUGCGUGCUGAGGCGAUGGCAUCUCGGGUCCCUUUUUGGAUAUUGUGCUCAUUCCCGGCAGUUUGUUUCUGGAUAAUAAGCCCGCUUUGAAUUAGGAGGCGUCUUUAUCGCCCUUGGGGUCUACCGCUACUAAAUUUUCUCCGAAUUAGGCUUCCUUCGAGAAAUGGGCUAUCCUCUUCUUCCUUACGGUCUUUCGGAGCUGCUGCUUAAUUUCAAGUGUUCUCUCUCUCUCACACACACUUUCCUUUCCUUUUCUUUUCUUUUCUGCUGAACUGGUUUGGAUUGGCGAGUUCUGUCGUAGAACAGAACAGCGGUCAGGCGAAUGGCUUUCCUGUUAUUUUCCUUCGCAGGGUUCCUCUUCCUUUUUAUUGCUUCCUGACCUUCGAAUUAGCGGCAAAUGCUGUGGAAAAAAUGCAGAUGUAGUUUUCAUCCCCCCCACCCCACCCUUUCGUCUUCUUCUUCAGAUAGUCGAGGGGCUUGCGGUUGGACAUGGAUGUUCUACUCUUGCCGGCUUUCUGAAUUGUUUCCAUGUCCUACUUUCUAACUUAAUUUGCUCUAAUCUUCAGCUCGAGAAAGGAGCUUGUGAUUGAAAUUCAUAACCCGGCAUUCUUUGUUUCAUUUCACUCUGGGACUGGGGGAGUAGUUGCGAGGAGAGAGGAAGCAGCAAAAACAGUAGGAUAUAUUAUUCGGAUGCGGGAGUGAGAAAAUAAUCCUCUAUGCAUUCCUCAACAGGACCUUCAAGAAGUUCUUGGCAGCCAGCCAUGACUGCUGAUACCACCAACCCGGAUUAUUGGCUCAACUGGAGAGUUUCACUAUGUGGGAUAUGGGUGCUGUCUUGCGUGAUCGUAGCAUCCAUUCUGAUAUGGAAAUAUGAAGGUUCCAACUCAGAGAGAGAAGAAAGAGCAGAAACUCAACAGGCGACGCCGGGAACUUUGUACAUGGAUGAGUCUUGGAGACCUUGUCUUCAAGAAAUCCAUCCUGCUUGGCUGCUGGCUUUUCGGGUCAUAGCGUAUUUUGUACUUCUGGCAUUGCUCGUCGUCAAUGCCAUUGUGAAUGGAGGUGACAUCUUCUACUACUACACACAGUGGACUUUUGUGCUGGUUACUGUUUAUUUCGGGCUUGGUUCGCGGCUAUCUGCUUAUGGGUGCCAUCAAUACCUCAAUAAAGUUGGCGCAGACAAGCUCGACCUUGUAAGGCCAGAUGAAGAACGUGGCCCAUAUAUGGCUCCUACAAUUGAGGAGAAUUCAAAUGUGCAUGAUGAAGUGAAAAUCUCUGGCUUCCAUGAAGAAGACAACAUUCAGGAAAUUGCUGGAUUUUGGGGUUAUGUGUUUCAAAUCAUCUAUCAGACAAAUGCAGGCGCUGUGAUCCUUACUGAUUGCGUCUUCUGGCUCAUCAUUUUCCCCUUUCUUGCCAUCAAAGAUUAUAAUCUAAAUUUUUUACUAAUUGGUAUGCAUUCGGUCAAUGCAGUCUUCCUCCUUGCUGAUACUGCCUUGAAUAGUUUGCGGUUCCCAUGGUUCCGGAUUGCAUACUUCCUACUCUGGACAGCAGCAUAUGUCAUUUUCCAAUGGGGGGUCCAUGCUUGUAUCUCAAUCUGGUGGCCUUAUCCAUUUCUUGACUUGUCAUCAUCUCAUGCCCCUAUAUGGUAUUUCGUGGUGGCAUUGAUGCAUGUCCCUUGCUAUGCUGUAUUCCCAUUGGUUAUAAAGUUGAAGCACAUUCUGCUAUCCAGAUGGUUUCCUCAGUCCUACCAUGGUAUGAGGUAAGCCAGCAUGAAUCAUUAGCAUCAACUGUGGCUUCAUUCAGCACAGUAAAUCGCCAGAGUACGGUCAUUCCCCAGCUAGCUCGCCUUUCAAAACAGCUGCAUCCAUGAUGGUGGGUUGGAGCCGCAAAUAGUCAGGAGAUCUAUCUAAUAAAAUCAGAUAUGAAGUGCCUUGAUGAUCUCUGCAUCAAGGGCCUUGAUGAAAACGAGGCAUAAAAGGAUGCAUGAAAGGAGCUUUGCUCCUAGACUCGAGCUGCUAGUUCUAUCCAUAUUGGAAUAUACAAUUGUAUAGGGAGCUUAUAAAUUUUUUCAACACUCCUAUCCUCUUUGUUUCAGUGCAUAUUGUGAUAAUUUUCACAAUCAUCUCCUAUCUACGUGAGUAAUCAACGGGCAUUCACGUUUCAGAUGGCUAACAACUGAAUGUUGCAACUUCAAGAUGAAUGGAAUUAAAUCAGCUGACAAUUAAAUCUUGCAA